UGGAGGUUAAAAUGGGCUAGGGUAUUUCUUCUAAUCUAAAAGUUGGAUGUGUCCAGUUAAGCAACACCACAGGAAAUCCUGCGUUCCUCGCACCCCCGAUGCGAUGAUAUGUGCAGUUAGGAAGACGCGUUUAUUGCCCGACGAGCACUAGGACCCGGAUGAGUAGAGAUUUGGCCUGGUGUGCACGCGCCUCUGUCAAAAGUGUAGUGUUGGCCACACGCGCGCGCUGCACAAGAUGCUGGUGUGCAUUACAGUGAGGGGCUGCUGAAGUCUGUUACGGAGUACUCAAGAAAAUUAUUCUCUUCGACAUGGAGAUCACAGAUUCCACUUGUGUGGAGCACCUGGUGAAGGAGCUGAGUUUGCUUCUCAAGCUGCUGGAGAACGAGAGCGUGAGUUCAGCCACGGCAGAGAAGAUGAGUGUGGUCAGAAACUUGGUCAAACAGCUGCAACCAUCCGUGAAUGGAUCUGACUUUAUAUACAUGAACACGUCUCUCUAUGGAAAUGGUACUAGCUUUGUUGAAUCAUUGUUUGAAGAAUUUGACUGUGACCUGCAGGAUCUCAGGGACUCGCCUGAAGAGAUGAAAGAUGUGGAGCAAGAGGACACUUCCAAGCACCCACCCACAAAAUCAAGUCCCACAGACACACCCCCUCCCCUCCCUACCACACCUCCUCCUGAUGAUUACUAUGAAGAAGCUGUCCCGCUCGGACCAGGCACAACACCCCAGUAUAUAACUACUCGCAACAACUCAAGCCCUCCAAACUCAAUAGAGGAUGCUUAUUAUGAAGAUGCUGACAACAAUUACCCAACAACUCGUCUGAACGGGGCCAGCAAAAACUCCUACAAUGAUUCAGAUGCACCCAGCAGUUCUUAUGAAUCCUAUGAUGAAGAGGAUGAGGAAGCUAAAAGCAGAGAGAGGACACACCAAUGGCCUUCAGAGGAGAGUCCAGUCGGUCAAAUGAAAGACUGCCGCAAAUGCGCAUUCCUGCUUCGCAAGAAACGCUUCGGUCAAUGGGCUAAGCAGCUAACAAUCAUUCGUGAGAACAGACUUCAGUGCUUCAAGAAUCCCAAAGAUCGCUCUCCACACGUUGACCUCCCCCUAAAUCUAUGCAAUGUCAUCUAUGUGCCUAAAGAUGGACGUCGCAAGAAGCAUGAGCUUCGUUUCUCCAUGCUGGGAGGAGAGGUGCUAGUGCUGGCUGUACAGAGCAAAGAACAGGCCGAGAGCUGGCUCAAGGUCAUUCAGGAAGUAAGUAACCUGGCAAACAGCAUUAAUGGAAAAGAGAGUUCUUCCUCUCCGAUGAUACUAAGAAAACUAGAGCUGGAUAAGAUGAUGGGACCAGAUAAACAUACUUCUGAUUCUGAUAGCGCAGCCAAUGGAGACGUUACCCGUGAGAUCUGUGAGAACGGGAAGGGCAAAAAAGGGACAUUCUCUGAGCUGACUGGAUCUAUGAGUCGAGCCGCUGGCAGGAAAAUCAACCGCAUCAUCAGUUUCUCCAAGAAGAAGCUGCCCUUGCCGGGCGAAACCAACACGCUUUCCCACCUGGAUGACAAUCCCCGUUGUGGUUACUUGAAUGUCCUGGUCAACCAGUGUUGGAAGGAGCGCUGGUGUUGUGUGAGAAAUGGGACUCUGUAUCUCCAUAAGGACAGAGGGGACAUUCACACCCAUGUUAGUGCAUUAGCCCUCCAUGGUGUAGAAGUCUUACCUGGACUUGGACCCAAACAUCCUUUUGCCUUCCGCAUCAUGCAAGCGAGCAAAGAAGUGGCCGCCCUGGAGGCGAGCUGUUCUGUGGAGAUGGGCCGCUGGCUGGGGGUGUUGUUGGCUGAAGCAGGCAGCACUACCACCCCUGAGGCAUUGCAUUAUGACUAUGUGGAUGUGGACACCAUCAGCAGCAUCCGGAGCGCAGCACGACACUCUUUUCUCAUUUUGGUACUGAAGCGUUAUUCCUCUAUGUCCAGUGUGGAUACAGACAAGGGUGACACACAGGUCACAGUGAAGCGACACGGUUCAUCUGUGAAUCACUACGGUAAAUAUGGAAAGACGAGGGCAGAAGAAGAUGCACGACGGUAUCUCAAUGAGAAAGAGCAGCUUGAGAAAGAAAAAGAAGUGAUCAAGAAGAACCUGUUGUCACUGCGCUCAGAAAAGAGGGUGGUGAAGGAAGAGCUGAAGAAGGCGACUGAUAAACAGCAGAAAGCCAUGGAGCAGCAUCUGGCUCAGCUGGAGGAAAGCUGCCGUCAGAAGGAAGCUGAGCGAGUGGACCUGGAGCUGCGACUUAUGGAGGUGAAGGAGAAACUGAAGAAGUCUCUGACUGGAGGAAUGCUGGGGGCGCCUGUGGACUGGAGGGAUGCUAAGGAAGAUAUUUACAAUGGUGCCACUGUGCCGGUCAAUUGUGCAUCUGAAAUAAAGAAACGCCCCCCAUCCAUAUAUGCAUCCACCAAAGGAAAUGUCAUGCAGAAAGCCAAGGUAUACAGUUGCAUAAAUAUCCAAUGAAACACACAUGGUGAU